GGGGACGGGACGGUUCCCUCCCCUUUUACUUUCCCUACCCCCGCACAACCCAGACACUGAGAUCAACCUGCUCACUCUCCUGCUGCUUUAAGAAGGGCAGCAGGACAGCAAGGGCUCACACGCUCCCACACACACACACACACACACACACACACACACUCUCUCUCCAGUCUUUACAGUCAAGACCAGCUCUGUUCACACCAGCUCAGGUACCAACUGGAUUACUCCACUGUUUACCCAGGUCAGCUGAACGACCCACAGCAUUGGUGGCCCGUCCCACUGUCAACCCCUCGCACCUGUCAACACCCUACUCCUCUCCUGAAGGCCUGCAGAGUGCCUCUGACUCUGAACGCAGGAGGGAGUGAAGCUCAGAAGCAGAGGACAGUUAGGAGACUAAGCUCCCCGACCAGUUGCCUCUACCCUGGGGUAGCCAUCAUGGACGCCCCCCUUGGCCUGGACGUAGCGCUGCCCGCCGCAGGGGCACGCGAGGAGACGGUGUGCGAGGCUCUGGGGCGCUUCGAGGCCACGCUGCGUGCGGCUGUGAGUGAGGUACAUGUGGACGUGAGCGCCUUCAAGCGGGGGAUGGAGCGGAAGGUGGAGGAGGCCUGCAGGACCAGCGCUCCCCUACUGGAGGCUGUGACCCUGCUGCAGCAGGAGAACCAGCAGCUCCGGGGGAAGCUGGAGACUCUUACCCGCCUGGUGGAGGCUCUGGCUGGGGCACCGGUUGAGAAGAGCCCCCUGGGGGGGGAGGAGAGGAUGGGAGAGGGGCACGGAGUCAACCAGGCCCAGGCCCAGGCCCAGCCACAGCCACAGCCCCAGCCCCAGGUUGGCUCCCCUCCCCUUGGCUUUGUGGGUAGCAGCCAGCCCAGUCAAGUGGCCUCCACCCUCCCAGCUUUCUCAGGGUCAGAACUCCCCUGGAGAACAGGACUACGUUCUGGUUCCGGUCCCAGUUCCAGUCCCAGUACCCACCCAUCAUCUCCUGCCUUGUCAGCCCACUUGUCUCGGACUCUGUCCAACGGAGUUGAUGUGACAGCUGCAGGGCGAGAGAGCAUCCCCUCCACCACAGUGCAGGAGAACGGGGGUCACACCAGGCUGGAGAGCUCUUUGAGGUCACAGCAAGAGAGAUCAUUGGUGGACAGUGAGGUGUCCCAGGAUCAUUCAGCAGUGGUCCAGACCAGACCCCAUCUCCCUCUCACUGCCGUUACCAAGAUCAGCCUUGACCCUCCCCCCAGCCCCGGACAAGCCUCACCCCCCAGCCCCGGCACAGCCCAGCCUCUUAGCUCUGGUCCCCAGCCUCUAGUCUUCCCUCCCCAGACUCUAUCCUCCCCUCCCCAGACUCUAUCCUCCCCUACCCAGCCUCCAACCUCCACUCCUCAGCCCCUAAUCUUCCCUCCCCAGCCUCUCUCCUCCCCUCCCCAGCCUCUCUCUUCCCCUACCCAGCCUCUAGUCUCCCCUACCCAGCCUCUAACCUUCCCUCCCCAGCCUCUCUCCUCCCCUACCCAGCCUCUAACCUUCCCUCCCCAGCCUUUAGUCUCCCCUACCCAGCCUCUAACCUUCCCUCCCCAGCCUCUCUCCUCCCCUACCCAGCCUCUAACCUUCCCUACCCAGCCUCUAGUCUCCCCUACCCAGCCUCUAACCUUCCCUACCCAGCCUCUAGUCUCCCCUACCCAGCCUCUAACCUUCCCUACCCAGCCUCUAGUCUCCCCUACCCAGCCUCUAACCUUCCCUACCCAGCCUCUAGUCUCCCCUACCCAUCCUCCAACCUCCAUUCUCCAGCCUCUCACCUCCCCUACCCAGCCUCUAACCUCUCCUCCCCAGUCUCCUGCAUGGACCUCGCCUGAUACAGCUGCUCUUAAACCGGGGGAAUAUCCUUUUAAACGUGGCCCCACUGUCAUGACAUCCAGUCCAGGUCUUAAACGAAGCGUGAGCUUUCCUCAGUCAACAGAAAUACUACCAUCCAGAUCCGUGGGGAACUCUGGCUUCUCCCCUGGCAUCACCAAGAAGGUGCAGGGAGCGGUGAGCCCUUCUCUGAGUGGUGUAGGUGUGGAGCGCAGGAGAGAGCUGGUGAGGUCCCAGACACUGCCUCGCUCCAGCGGGACGCAGGCCAAACGAGCCGUCUUUGAGAAGCUGGAUUCUGAGCCAGGCAGGACCCAGGCUCAGGACUCCCGGCCCAAACUGAAGCGCUCCCAGAGUUUCGGUAUGUCCAGCGCCAGCAGCAUCAAGCAGGUCCUGCUGGAGUGGUGUCGCUCUAAAACCAUCGGCUAUCAGAACAUAGACCUCCAGAACUACUCAUCCAGCUGGUGUGAUGGCCUGGCCUUCUGUGCCCUGGUCCACUCAUUCUUCCCUUUGGAGUUUGACUACAACACACUGAACCCGGCCAACAGGAAACACAACUUCGAAGUUGCCUUUACUACAGCAGAAGAACAGGCUGACUGUGUGAGACUGAUCGAGGUGGAGGACAUGCUGGUGAUGGGGAACAAGCCUGACCCCAUGUGUGUGUUCACCUACGUGCAGUCCCUCUACAACCACCUCAAGAGGUUCGAGUGAUCAAAACAAACCAACCCCAUCCUCUUUCAAGCUACUGCAACCGCUACCGGAAAAGUGAAGCUCUCUCUCACCACUGCUGCGUCUGAGACGGAUAGCUCCGUCCAGUGAUCCCGAUAUGUUAGAUUUCUUGCUGAUCAUCACUGUUGACAUGUACGAUUGUUGUUGUUGUUGUUUACAAUAUUACUAUUGUAAAAUGUACACCGAAUUUACAACUCUAUUGAAUUUUGCGAGAACGUCAUAUGCUGUAAAUAGGAUGUGAAAUUGCCUCGUUUGAAAUAACGAGGUAUUGCAUGUGUAAUUGAAUGUGUGAAUCUGGAAAUAAAAUGUAUAGUUUUGUAUACAAUGCAGUUCUUGAUAUAGUAUCGCCUGCUGGUCACAGCCUCUUGACCAAUACUGGUAAAAUAGAUUUGUGGGUUAAAGGUUAACUACCUGUCUCAAAAUAAACAUACAUUUACCCACUCCCACGUAUAUUUAAAGCAUUCAGGUUAUAAGUUGUGAAAACUAUCAACUGGUAUCGCAUUAAUCUUGUAGAACACUAUUAGACAAUGUGAAAUGGUAAGCCGUUCAUUGGUCGGUUACACAAAGUAUAAUUUUUUCUGUUAAACGUAAUAUGUCUCAAGCAUAAAUGUUUAUGAUUUCUGGCUCUUUAUUACAAUGACUUCAGAGAUAAAACGACCGACAAGAAACGAAAUGUAGAAAUGGAGUUCUUUUAUUUCACAUUAAUAAAUCAUAAAUUACUUUG